AUGGCAUCAAACGAACAGCUCCAAACGUUGUUGAAGGGUCAACAAAAGUUGCAAGAACAAAUUAUUCAAAUGUUGCAACAACAACAGAUUCAAACGCCUUCCUUAAACGUUGAAUCGUUGAUGGAUACUUUAUCCAGAAGUAUUUCUGAAUUCACAUAUGACCCUGAAAAUGGAGUAACUUUCGAUGCCUGGUAUGCACGAUAUACUGAUAUAUUCACAGUCGAUGCUAGUAAACUCGAUCAGUCAGCCCGAGUUCGACUUCUAUUGCGUAAACUGAAUACCACAGAACAUGAUAAGUACCUUAGCUUCAUUCUACCGAAGGUACCAAAUCAGCUUGAUUUUGACGAGACGAUAAACAUACUAAAGAAAGUAUUCGGUGCACAGACAUCACUAUUCAAUGUGAGAUACAAUUGUCUGAAAAUAACAAAGGCACCAGAUGAAGAUAUUAUGACAUUCACCAGUACUGUUAAUCGUGAAUGUGAAAGAUUUCGUCUCGGUGAUUUGACAUCUGACCAAUUCAAAAGCCUAAUUUUUGUAAGUGGCUUACAAGCACCUGAAGAUGCAGAAUACAGAAUUCGUUUGCUCUCUCGCAUCGAAACAGAUAAAACGGUCACAAUUCAAGACCUCGCUGAAGAAUAUACCAGACUGACAAAUCUAAAGCGAGAUGCUAAACUGGUCGAAGACCAAGGGACUACUGAUGGUUCCAGCAUUCUAGCUGUAAAGUCUAAAAAUAAUGGGUCUAAAAGAAACCCAGCUAUUCAUGCU